GCAACACUUUGCUCCCUUGUCUGAAUUUUCCUCGUCUGCGCCUUUUUCAAUCUUUUGUUCAACCCUCAUUGCCCUUUGCUUAUCUGCUUCAGUCAUUCUUUUACCAUAUAUUCUGUGCAUUCUUUCCCCGGCAUUUAUUGGACACGUCCUUGCAUCCCCCCAAAAUAUGAAGAACUCCCUCCUUGCUGUACUCGGUGGCGCGUCCACUGCCCUUGCCGCCGUCAAGGGGUUCAACUACGCCUCCCAAGGUCAAACCUACGAUUCCUUUGUCAGUCAAUUCAAGACUGCUGCGUCUCUGGCCGGUACCAGUGACUUCACCAGUGCAAGAUUGUAUACAAUGAUUCAAGAGGGGACGACCGACACUCCGAGUUCUGCCUUCCAGGCUGCCCUUGAUACCAACACCACACUGCUCCUGGGCCUCUGGGCGUCGGAAGACCAAGGGACCUUCAACAACGAACUCAAUGCUCUCAAGUCUGCCAUCUCCCAGUACGGCUCUGCUUUUGCCGACUUGGUUGUUGGCAUCUCGGUUGGCAGCGAGGACCUCUACCGGAUCUCGCCCACCGGUAUUGCUGCCAACAGUGGCAUAGGGCAAUCCCCCGAUGUCCUGGUCAGCUACAUCGGUCAAGUUAGAAGCACCAUCAAGGGCACCUCUCUUGCUUCUAAGCCUGUUGGUCACGUCGACACCUGGAAUGUUUAUGUCAACGGCUCCAAUGCCGAAGUCAUCUCAAACUGCGAUUUCCUAGGUCUUGACGAAUACCCCUACUUCCAGACCACCGACUCCAACGGCAUCGACAACAACGGCUUCCUUUUCUUCCAAGCCUACGACCGAGUUGCCGCCGUUGCCCAGGGGAAGCCCAUCUGGAUCACCGAGACUGGCUAUCCGGUCUCUGGACCCACCUCGAAUCUCGCCGUCCCUGGUGUUGACGCCGCCGAAGAAUACUGGCAACAGGUUGCGUGUGCCCUCGAAAACCGCGGCAUCGAUUUUUGGUGGUAUAUCCUUGCUGACAAUGGUGCCUCUCCAUCGUUUGGCGUUAGCAACAAUGGCCAACCCCUGUACAACCUCGCUUGUAACUCGACAGCAGGCUACACGUCGGCAUCAUCCAACUCGUCGACGGCAUCCGCUACAUCGAAAGGCAACAGCACCUCGACGUGGCACAACGGCUCCGGAUCAUCAACUACCCCAGGCGCCGGCAGUGCUUCGGCCACGACAGGAUCUGGCAGCCCCAGUGGUGCCACUGGAGCCGCUACGACUGGCUCCCUCGCAUCUGGUGCAGCCUCUGGGUCUGCUGCUGCGACCGCAACAGCAAGUGUAACCCAAAAUGGGGCGUCCACGACCUCCGCGUCGACCUCCUUCACCGGCGCUGCUUCUCGGGCUGAGGGCUCAAUGGCGGGCCUGGCAAUUGGCGCGGUCGCGGCUGCCUUGUUUUGGUAGCUUCACAGCCAAAGCGGGAGGUAAAUGGACGGCGAGUCCGCCUCACCACUUACUCGACCCGCGCUAGUUUUGGACACUGUUCACCUGCGCGAAUAGAUUCUCUAUCUUCAGACUUGGGAUCGACGAGCUGGUUUUGCCCUUUCGACCUUCAAUGCGUUUUGAGCAUCACGGCGGCGCUACCCGCAAAAAUAGAUCUUUUUCAACUCCGAGAUGUAGGAAGGCGUAAUACAAAUCUUCAUCUUUUUGGCACCGAACUUGACUGUCUCCGUUCUUUGCCCCCCUCUUUAGAGAUGAUGUCACAGGUGACGGAUUUGUAUCGAUGAGGCACUCGCCCUCGCCGCAAUGGGCUGUGUACAAUGAUAUAUACAGCGAAGAGCGAAGGUCAGAGAUUACAAUCAAAGCCUGCAAAAAGGGGAACGGAUCAGCUUCGCAAGCAAGGAACGCAUAUUUGGAAGGCUGUCAGGAAUGCCCUGGUGAAUAGGCAGAGUCCAGCGAUAGUGUACUGAUAAGCACUCUUAUGGUAUACCUCACCUGUACCUCAUAUUUCACACACGACAGGGCCCUUUUUUACUGCUGCCCGCGAUUGUUGGUAACACUGCCGGCCGUGUUGGAACAAAAGUCUAGCUGUGAGGAUGGUCUAAUCGACGACCAGUAGGCCGGCUUUGGCUCUCGAUAUGUACGAGUACCAAGGGAACGCUCAGUGGCGUUCAGCUGUACGCGUUUUUGAAGCUCAGGUUAAAGCGGCUUUACUCUGCAAAUAGUUUGGGACCACCAUCCAUGGCUUCUCCACCCUUAACCCCGAAUGAGUACGGAGCCUUACCUUGUUAUUGCUGACCUGCUUGACCAUGCCUGG